AUGGACAUCUCAAUCCAACUGGAUGUCCCAAUAGAACAGCAUCCCCUCAAGGACAUCUCAACCCAACUAGAUGUCCCAAUAGAACAGCAUCCCCUCGACGACAUCUCGACCCACCUAGAUGUCCCAAUAGAACAGUAUCCCCACAAGUACAUCUCAACCCAACAAGAUGUCCCAAUAGAACAGCAUCCCCUCGACGACAUCUCAAUCCAACUGGAUGUCCCAAUAGAACAGCAUCCCCUCAAGGACAUCUCAAUCCAACUAGAUGUCCCAAAAGAACAGCAUCCCCUCGAGGACAUCUCAACCCAACUAGAUGUCCCAAUAGAACAGCAUCCCCUCAAGGACAUCUCAAUCCAACUGGGUGUCCCAAUAGAACAGCAUCCCCUCAAGGACAUCUCAACCCAACUAGAUGUCCCAAUAGAACAGCAUCCCCUCAAGGACAUCUCAAUCCAACUGGGUGUCCCAAUAGAACAGCAUCCCCUCAAGGACAUCUCAACCCAACUAGAUGUCCCAAUAGAACAGCAUCCCCUCAAGGACAUCUCAAUCCAACUGGAUGUCCCAAUAGAACAGCAUCCCCUCAAGGACAUCUCAAUCCAACUGGGUGUCCCAAUAGAACAGCAUCCCCUCAAGGACAUCUCAACCCAACUAGAUGUCCCAAUAGAACAGCAUCCCCUCGAGGACAUCUCAAUCCAACUGGAUGUCCCAAUAGAACAGCAUCCCCUCAAGGACAUCUCAACCCAACUAGAUGUCCCAAUAGAACAGCAUCCCCUCGAGGACAUCUCAAUCCAACUGGAUGUCCCAAUAGAACAGCAUCCCCUCGACGACAUCUCAACCCAACUAGAUGUCCCAAUAGAACAGUAUCACCUUGAGGACCUCUCAAUCCAACUGGGUGUCCCAAUAGAACAGCAUCCCCUCGAGGACAUCUCAGUCCAACUGGAUGUCCCAAUAGAACAGCAUCCCCUCGAGGACAUCUCAACCCAACUAGAUGUCCCAAUAGAACAGUAUCACCUCAAGGACAUCUCAAUCCAACUGGAUGUCCCAAUAGAACAGCAUCCCCUCGAGGACAUCUCAGUCCAACUGGAUGUCCCAAUAGAACAGCAUCCCCUCGACGACAUCUCAACCCAACUAGAUGUCCCAAUAGAACAGUAUCACCUCAAGGACAUCUCAAUCCAACUGGAUGUCCCAAUAGAACAGCAUCCCCUCGAGGACAUCUCAAUCCAACUGGAUGUCCCAAUAAAACAGCAUCCCCUCGAGGACAUCUCAAUUCAACUGGAUGGCCAAAUAGAGCAGCAUCCCCUCGAGGUCAUUUCAAUCCAACUGGAUGUCCCAAUAGAACAGCAUCCCCUCGAGGACAUCUCCAUUCAACUGGAUGUCCCAAUAGAACAGUAUCCCCUCGAGGACAUCUCAAUUCAACUGGAUGUCCAAAUAGAGCAGCAUCCCCUCGAGGACAUUUCAAUCCAACUGGAUGUCCCAAUAAAACAGCAUCCCCUCGAGGACAUCUCAAUCCAGCUGGGUGUUCCCACAGAACAGUAA